GGCGGGGCGGGGCGGGGCGAGGCGGGCCUCGGCGGGGAGGAUGUGGUGGCUAUAAAAGCCCCACCCAGGUCAGGCAGCUCCGCUCUGCAUUUGGGGACGCUCGCAGCGCUCAGCGCCCGGCCCAGUUUCUUUGACAAUGUCUACCGUUCAUGAAAUUCUGUGCAAGCUCAGCUUGGAGGGUGAUCACUCCACACCCGCAAGUGCAUAUGGGUCCGUCAAAGCGUACACCAACUUUGAUGCUGAGCGAGAUGCUCUGAACAUUGAGACGGCCAUCAAGACCAAAGGUGUGGACGAGGUCACCAUCGUCAACAUUUUGACCAACCGCAGCAAUGAACAGAGACAGGACAUUGCCUUUGCCUACCAGAGAAGGACCAAAAAGGAACUUGCAUCAGCGCUGAAGUCAGCCUUGUCCGGCCACCUGGAGACAGUGAUUUUGGGCCUAUUGAAAACACCUGCUCAGUAUGACGCUUCCGAGCUGAAAGCCUCCAUGAAGGGCCUGGGGACUGACGAGGACUCCCUCAUUGAGAUCAUCUGCUCAAGGACCAACCAGGAGCUGCAGGAAAUUAACAGAGUCUACAAGGAGAUGUACAAGACCGAUCUGGAAAAGGACAUCAUUUCCGACACAUCUGGCGACUUCCGCAAGCUGAUGGUUGCCCUGGCCAAGGGUAGAAGAGCAGAGGACGGCUCUGUCAUUGAUUAUGAACUAAUUGACCAAGAUGCCCGGGAUCUCUAUGAUGCAGGCGUGAAGAGGAAAGGAACUGAUGUUCCCAAGUGGAUCAGCAUCAUGACUGAGCGGAGUGUGUGUCACCUCCAGAAAGUAUUUGAAAGGUACAAGAGCUACAGCCCCUAUGACAUGCUGGAGAGCAUCAAGAAGGAGGUCAAAGGAGACCUGGAAAAUGCUUUCCUGAACCUGGUCCAGUGCAUUCAGAACAAGCCACUGUAUUUUGCUGACAGACUGUACGACUCCAUGAAGGGCAAGGGCACGCGUGAUAAGGUCCUGAUUAGGAUCAUGGUCUCCCGCAGUGAAGUGGACAUGUUGAAAAUUAGAUCUGAAUUCAAGAGGAAGUACGGCAAGUCCCUGUACUACUACAUCCAGCAAGACACCAAGGGCGACUACCAGAAAGCGCUGCUGUACCUGUGUGGUGGGGAUGACUGAACCCUGCGACAGCACUCACGUCCAGGUUGGGCGCUCCUGUGUCCCCAGCGAACAGUUACACGAUCAGCUUGCGACUAACUGCACCCCAUGCCUAUCCCUGGAGGACGGCCUUAGUGUCACCCGCCCCUCCCACGCCAUCCAUGUCUAGUUGCCUGGCUUUCUCCUCUAGUCUCUACUUUUAGCCAAAGAAAUAAACACUCCCAGGAGCUGGAAGUGAAAUCUAUGAUGUGAAACACUUUGCCUCUUGUGUAUUGUGUCAUAAACAGAUGAAUAAACUGAAUUUUUACUUUAGGAA